AGGAAGUGGCUCCGCAGCCUGGAUGUGUGUCUGUGUUUGUCUGCGAGUGUGUUACCUCCACAGUGAGAGUGUCGCUAAUCAGCCGCCGGAUCGCCGAACCCACGCCAGAGCCGCGCUUCGGGAGGAGGCCGCGCGUCAAGCUGGACCCGCGGACUUCGUGACCUUUUUCCGCGGGGCAGGUGGAAGCGGUGCCGCCGGUCCAGACGGCCCAGCGAGCAGCAUGCAUUCGGACUGCAGGCUGCUAUGGGCAGAGCGGUAAUGGUGGGCUGGGGAGCGACAGGGGCCGGGGGUCUCCUGUCGAUCCUCCUCAUUCUCACCACGGGACGCUGCGGAGCGCAGAAAGGGGACGGCUGUGGCCCCAGUGUGCUGGGCCCCAGCAGCGGCACCCUGUCCUCUCUGGGGUACCCCGGGACGUACCCCAACCACACGGUGUGCGAGUGGGAGAUCCUGGUGCCGCGCGGCAGCGCCAUCCACUUCCGCUUCGCCGAGCUGGACAUCGAGGACAGCGACUGCAGGGUCAACUACCUGCGCCUGUACAACGGCAUCGGGCCCACGAGGAGCGCCUUCGCGAAGUACUGCGGUUUGGGCCUGAAGGUGAAGGAGCUGGUCAAUUCCACAGGCAACCAGGUCACUGUCCAGUUCAUGAGUGGGACCCAUCACAGUGGACAUGGCUUUUACCUGUCCUACUCCACCACUGAGCACACAGAUCUUAUCACCUGCUUGGACAAAGGAACUGAUUUCCCCGAGGCAGAGUUCAGCAAAUACUGCCCAGCAGGGUGCCUGACGUCCACGCAGGACAUUUCUGGGAAUAUACCGAACGGAUACAGAGAGUCGUCGCCCCUGUGUGUGGCCGCCGUGCACGCUGGCGUGGUGUCCAACUCCGCAGGGGGGAGGAUCAGCGUGGUCAGCAGCAAAGGCAUCCAUCAUUACGAGGGCGCGCUGGCGAACAACGUCACUUCCACUGGAGGAACUUUGUCAAACAGCCUCUUUACCUUCAAGACCAGUGGUUGCUAUGGAGAGUUGGGAUUGAAGAACGGAGGCGUUGCGGACACCCAGCUCUCGGCUUCCUCUGUGUGGGAGUGGAGGGGAGAGUGGUCGGCCGCGGGGGCGCGGCUCACGAGGACCAGGUUGCCCUGGGCGCCGUCUCACAGCGACCGCAAGCAGUGGCUGCAGAUCGAUCUCAAGGGGGAGAAGCGGAUCACGGGCAUCAUCACCACAGGCACCACCCUGAGGGACUACCUGUACUACGCCUCGGCGUACCGGGUGCUGCACAGCAGCGACGGGCAGCAGUGGCACGUCUACAGGGAAGCCAAUUCCACGCGAGACAAGGUUUUCCAAGGCAACAUCGACUACCUGCAAGAGGUGCGGAAUAACUUCAUUCCUCCCAUCGAGGCCCGGUUCGUGAGGAUAAAUCCCACCGCCUGGCACCAGAGGAUCGCGCUCAGGCUGGAGCUGUUUGGCUGCUCCACGCCGUCAGCGAGGCGGUCAACAGAACCAAAGCCAAGGAUGCUUCCCCCUCCUCCUGAUCCUGCGGGUACAAGACGCCCUCCUCAGCUCGGCCAGACCACGACCUCUCCAGACAUCAGAAACACCACCAUGACCCCCCACAUCAACAAAGAUGUGGUCCUGGCCGCGGUUCUGGUCCCGGUGCUGGUCAUGGUUCUCACCGCUCUCGUCUUGAUUGUGGUUUGCACUUUGCACUGGAGGAACAGGAAGAAGAGCUCUGAGGGAAUGUACGACCUUCCUCACUGGGACCGCACAGACUGGUGGAAGAGCAUGAAGCAGCUGCUGCCGUCCAAAAUGGUGGAAACGGAGGAUCCGAUCCGGUACAGCAGCAGCGGGGUGGGCCGGCUAACCGGCAGAGGGGCCGUGCCAGGACUACACGCCGACACUGCAGAAUAUGCCCAGCCACUGGUGAGUGGAGUGCCCACUCUAGGUGCACGCUCAACCUUCAAACCAGACGAGGGCCCUGGCCCCGGAUACUCGGAUCCAGACCUGUACGACGCGCCCAUCUCACCUGAUGUGUACCACGCCUACGCGGAGCCGCUGCCGGCCUCAGGCUCUGAGUACGCCACGCCCAUUGUGGUUGACAUGGGUUGUCACCCAUCGGGGGGCGCCUCUUUGAGCCAGCCUAGUGCUGUGUGCAGCUUCAAGGGUGCUGGGCCCAGCUCUCUAGCCACGCAGGCAGAAAGCGACCAGCCUGGGAGGCCAGCGUACGACACGCCCAAGAACGCCACUGGACAGGUCCCGUCCAGCGAGGAGCUCACCUAUCAGGUACCUCAGAGAGGCACUCAGAAGCCAACGGGACAGAGCUGAACUGUGAUCCCUCUGCUCUACAGCCCAAAAGACAAUGGCAGAGGGAGGCGUGAGCCCCGAGGCGGGUCUGGAGGCCUGAACGAACGCUACCGUAGCUGUAGAUUCAUCCGGAGAUGUCUGUAUUGCCUAAUUGUAUCUGCAUGGCCACAAUCCUUGUUGGUGGUGCCAUCACAGUCCUAUCACUGAAACCACAAAGAUGAAUGUGUUUAUGCCAGACGUGAGAGUCGGAGACGGAUGAACAGAGAGAGAGAGGAGGAGGAGAAAGCUGACUACUGUUCCAAAAAAAAAAAAAAAAGACUUGUCCCUGUUCUGUGAUUUUUAGUAGUUCUCGCGUUGUGUGAAACUGUGAUCAUUAUUAUUCUGUUACAUACUGAACCGGUUCCGGUCGGUGUCCCUGUUCGGAUCUGUUGGUUCUCCUCACUCACCCAGUUGCAUCCUGCAUCACAGGCCCCACAUUAAAGGUCAAAGGAGUCCUCCUUUGUAGAGAAACUACUUUUCCACGGUACGUUCCGUCUGUUUAAAAGCAUAACUUGAAAUCGCGUAUAGUUCUAGUAAUUCCAUUUUUGCAAAUCUGUUUCAACUCCUACGAUUUACUGAUAUUUAUUUUUGUUUACAUCCUGCUGAGUUUCUAAAUCAACUGCCCAUCACCACCCAGGUAGCAAGUAAAAUCACUGCGGUUGCUCUGGGGCGAGUUUUACAAAUGUUCGAUCCGAUGUGUGUGAAAUCAAAAGGAGUCAAUCCCAGUAAUUCAAGUACUAGAGACCAAAUGUUGCCUUUGUGUGUUAGAGCAAUGCUGGUUCAUAGUAGAUCUGACUACGUUUAACUCAAUAAAACACAGCAGUCUUAGAGUUUUAAAAACCUAGUUAGAUGGUGUUCUAGCAAAAAAAAAAGUGUGUGGCUAAAUCUGUUACCCACAAUUCAUAGUCUACGGUGUGUACUUGCAUCAUGUUGUAACGUUCCUGGGUGUGACUCGGUCCCUCGUGCAUCCUCAGCCUUCAGUCCUACGCGUUCCUGCCUCGUGGACUGUAAUGACGUGGCUUUGGCCUCUGGCAGGUCGCGUUCUGUCUUAGCUGCAGCACCAGUAGACUGCAUUCCCCUCCGGUCCGCCUGUGGUACUGACCUGACCAAACCAGCGAGCACUGGCACCGUCUGUGGGAGGAUGUGCCACCGGCCGUCCUCCUCUGUGCUCAAAAUAAGGUCAACACGUUCUGGUGCUUUCUGGUCACAAAAGGGUUGUUAUUAAAUGGUUCUUACUGAUUGUAAAUAGAGAAAUAAAGAGUUUUUAAAAAGAA